UCUCUCGUCGACGUUUCUAGCUCUCUCUCUCCCUUCCUCUCUGUAAAAAAUCAAUAAGAUAUAUUAAAAAAAAAAUGGCCCUGGAAGGCUGCCACCAGCCCAGGCUCCCGGCCCAUCUGUUGAGACCGUGGUGGAUGGGGCGCUGCCUCAGGCUGUGAAGAUGCUCACUGAGGAAUCCAAGAAGUCUCUGGAUGAGAAAGAGCAUGAGGGUGUUGACCCCAUACUCCCAUCUCCAUGAUCCAGAACAGACGCAUACCCAGUGAGAAAGGGGCAGACAGGAAACCCCGGGCCAAGGCAGUACCCAACGAGGCAGAUUAUGAGGCAGUCCCUGUGGAGGCCGGUGGGCUGGCCAUGUUGCAGGGCAUGGGCUGGAAACCUGGCCAGGGCAUCGGCUGCACCUUCAGUGAAGUAGUGAGGCUCCAUGUCAACACACCGAGGCCUAAAGGGUUAGGACUGAUCACCAACCAGAUAGAGCUCCAGGCCCUGGCCCCUACCAGCCCCCUCCGCCUGCUGAGGCCAGAUGCGGAACACGAGGAAGAUAAGGAAGACCAGCCUCCAGGACUUGCCCCCGGAGGAGCUGUGGUGGAUCUUUCUGGCCCUCCCCGAGGCCUCUAUGGAAUUUGAUAAGAGCUCCUGGGAUCUCAGCCAGGUGAGCAAAACUUCUCCAGGGAGAACAGCCUUGUCCUGGAAAGACAUGCUGGAGACCCUUGUCCGCAAGGUCCAGGGCAGCCGAGUGAUGGCGGUGCUGGGGCCACAGGCUGGAAGGGUGGGCCGCCUGCUGCACUGGGACGGAGAGCAGAGCCAGGCCGUGUUCACCUGCGGGGAGAGAACCAGCUGGUGGAGCCUCACUGUGAUGCUGUCUGCUAGUACGUGGGUCCCCGGGACCCAGACGAAGACUGACCCAUGGAUUCACUCCUUUCCCCAGGCGGUCACCAGCUCUGAGCUGUGAAAGCCUGUCUGUGUGAAGGGGGGGGUCAUUGUUCUGUCCUGCAUUUGCAUGUGCAGCCCUGGACGGUACAAAAUGCAUAGACCGGAAGGAAUGCCAGAAGCAAACCUAGUAUUUACCAGCAUUGGUAUAAAAU